AUGGUUGAAUCGCAAGCUCAACCUCAGACCUUUCUCAUGUCCCUCUUUCGGCGAGUUAAAACCUUUGAGUCUGACUUCCCUUCUCCUGGAGACCUUCAGGGACUUGGAAUCCAAACAUUCGAAGUAUCCUUUGACACGAAUGAAUAUGGAACUCUCAAAUUUGACCCGUGCUUCUUUCAACCACACCCAGACAAACUCCUUGAAAAAUAUCUUAUCCAUCCUAAGGUGGACCAGGAACAUUAUGAAAAUCAUCUAAAGAUACCACAUAUCCGCACCAUACAGGAUUUCAUCAACGACUCCAACGGAAUAUCUCCCCAAAGUUGCUCCAGUACUUGA